AGAAAGCUAUACCACAUCAGUUGUAAAUUGGAGUCAUCAACAUUAGUAUGGCAGUCUUGAAAUAUUUUUUAGCAGUUCUAUUUGUAGGAGUUGCGAUAGCGGAGCCCCAGUGGUAUAAUAGCAGAGAUGGACGUCGUUAUCUAAUUGAUGCCGAACAAAAGUACAAUUGGUUGAGUGCUCAACAAGCAUGUUCGCGCCGGAAUUUGCAAUUGGUUGAAAUUAAGUCGGCGGCCAAAAAUGAGGCUCUAGUGGAAACUCUGAGCUCGAUCUUCAAACGUCCCAUAAACUUGUGGUUGGGCGCCAAUGAUGAAUUCAAUCCCACUCAGGAUCCCCGACGACCCUUCUACUGGUCCUCAUCUGGCAAACGCAUGGACUUUACCAAUUGGUCCGAGGGUAGCCCGGCCAAUACCAACUCCAAUGAACACUGUGUUCACAUUUGUGCCAAAUCCCAAAACUACGAAUGGAGUGACUUGGCUUGUACCGAACAAAUUGGUUUGAUCUGUGAAGAGCAACCCCAAUACAACACACAUCGCCAAUCGUUGCAAGAGAAAGGUCAAAAGGUGGUAGAUAUCACCAGGAAACUUUUCGGUUCCCAGCAGCACGAACAAAAGAAGUCCAUGGAAAAAUUGACACGCCUCAUCGGCCAGGUGGUAAAAAAGAAUAAUGAAAUCGAACGUUAUUUGGAAAAGAUCGAAUCGAAUAUGGCCCAAAGUAAUGAUCGUACAGUCGAAUUGCGUAACAAGGAGUUGCGUUCAUAUGUUGAAGCUGCCCUCAAGACAGUCCGCGAACUUGAUCAAGAAAUGCAAGAUGUCGCCCAACAGAUGUACACAAAAUUCUCCAAGGAUUUCAAUGAUGUUCAAAAGACCAUUGAAUACAUUAUGGGCAACAAAAAUGAGCAACAAGAUGCGGCAUGGAAGUAAAUUAAAGAGACUUUAUUGUUUUUAUUAAAAAAAUCUUAAAUUAAAAGUAAAUAAAAAUACAAAUAUUUUUUAACAAAA